GAAGACGGGUGCCUGGGGUUGAGUCCAAGUCCCCCUGGGAGCCGGUCGCCCUUUGAGCCAGAGGAUGUUAAUUAGCGAGGCUCCCCACGAGCCUGGGGGAGGAGCCGCCUCCUGACUAGAUUUAGGUUCCCCCAGAGGCCCGGGGUAGUCAGCUGCAUCUCCCCCAAGCCUGAUCAUGGAAUUCCAAGUGAAUGUGAAGACGUGGAUCGAGAAAAACAAACCCUCCUUUCUCCCCCCAGUCUGCAACAAGCUCAUGCAUCAGAGACAGCUUAAAGUCAUGUUUGUUGGAGGCCCAAACCAAAGAAAGGAUUACCACAUUGAGGAAGGAGAAGAGCUCUUUUUCCAGAUUGAAGGUCACAUGGUUCUUAAGAUCUUGGAGCAAGGCCAACACCGAGAUGUGCUCAUCCGCCAGGGGGAGAUAUUCCUCCUACCAGCUGGCAUCCCCCAUUCCCCGCAGAGGUUUGCAAACACUGUGGGGCUGGUGAUAGAGCGAAAACGACUGAAGACAGAGGUAGAUGGGCUCAGAUACUAUGUUGGAGACACAACAAAUGUCCUCGUUGAGAAGUGGUUCCACUGUGAGGACCUUGGCACACAACUAGCACCAAUCAUCCAGGAGCUUUUCAACUCUGAGCAGUACAAGACAGGAAAACCCCACCCGGACCAGCUGCUCAAAGAGCCACCCUUCCCCCUGAACACAAGGGCUGUCAUGGAGCCACUGGCCCUUCAGCGAUGGCUGGCUGACCAUCAUGCGGAGCUACAGGCAGGGAGCACCCUCAGCCUGUUUGGAGACACAUAUGAGACACAGGUGACAGUCUACGGAUCUGGCAGCAGCAAAGGUCCUAAACUGAAUGUGGAUAUGUGGCUUUGGCAGCUGGAAGGGUCCUCAGUGGUGACCAUUGGAGGACAGAACCUAAGCCUGCUGCAAAAUGACAGCCUCCUUGUGCCUGAAGGGACCAUGUACAUCUGGGAGCGAGCUCAGGAUUGUGUGGCUUUGGCAGUGACCCAGAAUCCGAACAACAAGAAGCCACUGAAGUAACCCCCUAUAGUAAUGUAUGACCUUGGUGCCAUCUUCACUGAAUAAAACAUUUCACAUAAAAAAUCCA